AUGAAAAUCCCCGAUUCGCAAACAGGCUAUGGCUUUAUUAGAGGACUGAAGGACAUCAAUGUGUUGCCAAACCUUCCAGUGAAGAAGCCUGGUCCGAACGAAAUAUUGCUCAAGAUUGAAGUGGCUGGACUUUGUCACUCAGAUCAUCAUAUUCUAUUGGAGCAGAGUCCUUUGAAUCCAGAUCCUAUGGUCAUGGGACAUGAAAUAUGCGGGAGUAUUGCACAAGUGGGUUCGGAACUAGAAGACAACGAGAAUUAUGCAAUCGGGUCAAGACAUACGAUCUUUAUCCUCAACCCCUGCGCUGUUUGUAUUCAUUGUAAAAAAGGAAGAGAUAAUCUUUGUCUUGAGGGCCGUUUCGAUGCUUUCGGCAUCACUCUGGAUGGAGGCUUCCAAGAGUAUUUACUUGUAAAAAAUCCGAGAGCAUUGGUUCCAAUUCCAGAUGGAGUAUCAUAUGAAGCAGCAGCUUCUGCAACCGAUGCGAUAUUGACACCCUUCCAUGCUAUCAUGAAAGUGAGAGAGCGGCUAGGUCCCGCUACAAAAGUUUUGGUAUUGGGUGCUGGCGGGUUGGGCCUUAAUGCAAUACAAAUUCUUAAUGUUUUUGGGUGCAAGAUCACCUGUGUUGACAAAAAGCCAGAGGUUCGUGAUAUUGUUAAGAACUUUGGCGCUUCAGAAUUCUACACAGACUUCGACGACAUUAAAGAUCCACAGGAGACAUUCGAUUUAUCGUUCGACUUUAUUGGGAUACCUGAAAGUGUUGCUUGUUCAGUUCAAUACAUUGCCGCCGGGGGAAAAAUAGUCAUGGUCGGCAUGGGUCGCCUGAAGGCAGUUCUUCCCAUUUACGAUUUGUGCCGCCGCGAGGUUGAGGUCAUCUUCAAUAUCGGUGGCACCUCAGUGGAGCAAGCCGAAAUACUCCAAUGGUUGAAAGAGAAAAAGCUCCGGCCAAUUGUUGAAACAAAGCCCAUGAGUUCUUUGCCAGAGUAUAUGGAGAAGCUCACUAAGAACCAAUUAACGGGCCGAGUGGUAUUCAAGCCAAAAUUAUGA